AUGGUCAAGUUCCGGAGAUCGCUCAAGAGCGACAAGGCCGACUCGAAACCACACCACAUCUCCAUCCCACCCAAGGAUGCCAUAGCCAUCGUGCCGCCCAAGAAGGUUAUUAAAGCCCUUUACGACUACAGUGCCCCCGACAGCGAACACUACCUCAGCUUCACCCAAGGCGACUUCCUGCACGUCGUCGGCCGCGAGAACGACCCCGACUGGUACGAGGCAUGCAACCCGCUGCACGGCUCGCGAGGACUGGUACCUGUCAAGUACUUUGAUACCGUCGGCAAGACUGUGCGAGACAGUGGCAGCUCCGUUUCCCACGCCGAUCUCGCCAAUCUACACAGCGCCGGCCACGACAGCGGCUACGCCGAGAAAACCUCCUCGGAGCACGACCUCUUUCCCAAGCCUGCGAGGAUGAGCAAGUCGUCGAUGAAGGGCGCCGCCGGCGGCACCGGUGCCAUGGUCUACGGCGUCGUCAUUUACGACUUCAAGGCCGAGCGCCCUGACGAGCUGGAGGCCAAGGAGGGCGAGGCUAUCAUCGUCAUUGCCCAGUCGAACCCGGAGUGGUUUGUCGCCAAGCCAAUCACCCGCCUGGGUGGCCCCGGCCUGAUUCCUGUCUCCUUCAUCGAGAUCCGCGACAUGUCCACCGGCAAGGCCGUUCCCGAUCCCCACGAGGCCGUGCGCGCCGCCGGCGUGCCGCGGGUGGAGGAGUGGAAGAAGAUGGCAGCCGAGUACAAGAACGGCAGUAUUCCGCUGGGCAAGCUGGAGUCCAACUCGCAGCAGACGCUGCAGCAGGGCGUGGAGCGCAUGAGCGUGCAGAGUCGGAACGGCCAGAACGGAUACGCAACGUCCCACUCGCGCGCAGGAAGCGUUGCCGCCAACAACGGCGGCUACCGCCAGUCCAACCAGGCCGAAGCCCGAUCGCUUGCGCCAAUCAACGCAAGCGUGCCCCGGUACUGUUUCGCAAACGACAUCUUCUGGUUCAUCGUCGAGUGUCAGAUGGAGGAUGGGUCUUACUGGGAACUCUCUCGUCUCUACCAAGAUUUCUACGACCUCCAGAUCAAGCUCAUCAACGCCUUCCCGCUCGAGGCCGGUCAGGUCGAGGGUGUCGAGAGAACUCUGCCUUACAUGCCUGGACCGGUCACCUACGUCACGGACAAUAUUACCAACGGUCGCCGCGCGAAUCUUGAUGAUUACAUUGUAAAUCUGCUAAAACUGGGGCCUCAUAUCACCCGCUCGGAGCUCGUCUGCGAAUUCUUCAAGCCCAAGGAGAAUGACUACGAAAUCGACCCCAACAUCAGCGCGGAUGGAUACAGGCUGUCUGGCGCGUCUCAGCAAUCAACAGAUCCGUCUGGUGGCGCUUCGAGACAGUCUUCCACGGGGAACCUGCAGCAAAGCCACCACUCGCACAGCCAAUCGCAAUCUAGCUAUCACAACCACCAGCGCCAGGCCUCCAAGGCUAAUUCUUUGCACCCGGUCCAGCAACAUCCUGGAAUGCAGCGGAACAACAGUGGCAUGACGCAGGGGUCAGCAUCAUCUGCCGGCAACAGCACCGUCACCGGAACCGGUGUCGGCGCCCACAAAAUCAAGGUCUGGUUUGAAGAGGACAACUGUGUCAUUAUCAGGAUGCCGGCGUACUUCCGUUUUGGGGACUUGUACAAGAAGUUGCAAGAGCGACGCGCGCUGGAGAAGGGCGUGAGCCCGCAAGAGGUGGUUGAUGAAGCGCUGCUGGUCGAGUACAGAGACGAGGCCGACGGCCAAUAUUACAGCAUUGGAGACGACGAGCAACUAGAAGACGCGAUUUCCCGAAGCCCCAAGCUUGUGUUGUGGGUCAGUGCCGCCCAGUAG